GUUUGCGGCACGGUGGCCCGGAGGGUGGAGACCGAGGCCCUGGUCGUCCCCGCGGCCGCCGAGCUCCGGGGCCUGCUGCUCCCGCGGCGGGGGCGGGCGCGCGCGAUGCCCGCGGUCGGCGGCCAGAGGGUCGACGCCGCGUACGCGGAGUGCCGGGAGGUGGCCCAGGAGUAUUCGAAGUCGUUCUUUUUAGGCUCGCAGCUGUUAGGGCCUGCGGAGCAGCGGGCGGUGUGGGCCAUCUACCACUGGUGCCGCUGCACCGACGAGCUGGUCGACGGGCCAGAAGCGAUUGGCACGACCAUGGAGGAUCUGGAAGCGCGGGAGCAUGCGCUGCAGCAGAUCUUUGAACUCAAGGAGACUGGCAACAGUGCGGACCUGGCACUGAUUGAUUCCGUGUACAGGUUCGGGCUGAUCCCCCGACCGUUUGAGGACAUGAUCGGUGGCAUGGCCAUGGACCUCGUGAAGGAGAGAUACAAGACGUUCUCCGAGCUCGAGGUCUACUGCUACCGCGUCGCGGGGACGAACUGCACGGACGAGCUGAAGGAAGCCACCAUAGAUGCUGCCUUGUGUUUGGGCCUCGCUUUCCAGCUCACCAACAUCCUGCGGGACGUCGGCGAGGACGCACGCAGAGGUCGCAUCUAUGUGCCCUCAGAGGAUUUAAACAUGUUUGGGCUUGACGAGGAAGAGGUCAUCCAGGCCAGCGAGGGCAAGCUAGAGCUCUGGAGGGAUGAGAGAUGGCAGCGGUUUAUGGAGUUUCAGAUCGCCAGAUGCAAUGGGUACUACGAGAGGGCAAAGGGCGGCAUCAUUGGCCUUUCUGAACACAACCGUUUUGGGGUGAUGACAGCGCUCAAUGUGUACGGCAGCAUCUUGGAUGCCAUCCGUCGCAACAUGUACAAUAAUUUAUCCCAGCGCGCAUACGUGUCGUUGCCGGAGAAGUUCGGGCUUGUUGCGAAGUCGUGGUUCGAUUGUUGCAGGAUUCAGUGGCAAUCCGGGCAAGAGGUCCGCAUUGAUAGCAAAAAGCGCAAAUCUGUAGAUCCCGCACUCUCCAAGUUGUCCAAGACAACCACGGCAGGGAGAACAGCAAGCGCUCUUCACUUGCCAUGA